GUUCCUGCCCCCGCGGGCCCGCUAGGAAGGAGGAGGACGAAGCUGCGUGCGCUCCCCGCUUCGCCCAGCCCUUCUUAACCAGUCCUUUGGGAAAGCAUCCCCGGGGAUCUCCAGUCCUCUUUCCCAGCCGCGGUCCGGGAUCGGCCCCGGUGAAGUCACCCGGAGAACAUGGAGAAGAGCAACGAGACCAACGGAUACAUCGAGGGCAAGGAGCCGGCCCCGGAGCCGGGGGCGGCCAAGGCCGGCGCGCCUGGGCGGGCGCGGCGCUGCUGGGGCUUCCUGCGGCGCAACGCGCUGGUGCUGCUGACCGUGUCUGGGGUGCUAGCGGGCGCCGGGCUGGGCGCGGCGCUGCGGGGACUGGAGCUGAGCCCGGCGCAGGCCACCUACCUGGCCUUCCCCGGGGAGAUGCUGCUCCGCAUGCUGCGCAUGGUAAUCCUGCCGCUCGUGGUCUGCAGCCUGGUGUCGGGCGCGGCCAGCCUGGACGCCAGUUCCCUGGGCCGCCUGGGGGGCAUUGCGGUCGCCUAUUUCCUGCUGACCACGUUGGGCGCCUCGGCGCUAGCGGUCGCCCUGGCUUUCAUCAUCCGGCCGGGAGCCGGCGCCGGGGCCCUCCUGUCUAGCGAUCUGGGGUUGGAGAGCUCAGAAGCACCCACUGUCACCAAGGAAACUGUAGAUUCGUUUCUUGACCUGGUCAGAAACCUGUUUCCAUCUAACCUCGUGGUAGCUGCAUUCCGCACGUACGCAACUGACUACAAGAGAGUCAUCCAUAAUACGACCUUUGGAAACAUCACUUUAGAAAAGUCCUUUCAGGUCCCUUAUGGCACAGAGAUCGAAGGGAUGAAUAUCUUGGGCUUGGUCCUCUUUGCCCUGGUCUUGGGAGUGGCCUUGAAGAAACUAGGCUCAGAAGGAGAAGAGCUGAUCCGUUUCUUCAAUGCCUUCAAUGAGGCAACAAUGGUGCUAGUGUCUUGGAUCAUGUGGUAUGUUCCUGUAGGUAUUAUGUUCCUUGUUGGAAGUAAGAUUGUAGCAAUGAAAGACAUUGUCACCUUGGUGACCAGCCUGGGAAAGUACAUCUUUGCGUCAAUUCUGGGUCACAUCAUCCAUGGAGGGAUUGUUCUGCCACUCAUUUAUUUCGUUUUCACACGGAAAAACCCAUACCAAUUUCUUCUUGGACUCCUCACACCAUUUGCAACAGCCUUUGCAACCUGCUCUAGCUCAGCAACCCUCCCAUCCAUGAUCAAGUGCAUUGAAGAAAAUAAUGGCGUAGAUAAAAGGAUCAGUAGGUUCAUCCUUCCCAUUGGGGCCACCGUGAACAUGGAUGGGGCAGCCAUUUUCCAGUGUGUGGCGACUGUGUUCAUCGCCCAGCUUAACAAUGUGGACCUGAAUGCAGGACAGAUCUUCACUAUUCUGGUGACUGCCACGGCUGCCAGCGUUGGAGCAGCGGGAGUACCAGCGGGAGGCGUUCUCACCAUCGCCAUCAUCCUGGAAGCCAUUGGGCUGCCCACUCAUGAUCUUUCCCUGAUCCUCGCAGUGGACUGGAUUGUGGACCGUACCACCACCGUGGUGAAUGUAGAAGGGGAUGCCCUGGGUGCUGGUAUCCUCCAUUACCUGAACGAGAAGGCAACAAAGAUGGUGGACCAUGAACUCAGCGAGGUGAAAGUAGAGGCGGUCCCCAACUGCAAGUCUGAGGAUGAGACCUCCCCUCUGGUGACCCACCGAAACCCAGCCCCCACUCCGGCCAGUGUCCCUGAGUUAGAAUCCAAGGAGUCAGUCCUGUGAGCAAUGGCGAAGCCUCAUGCUGGGCCCACCAGAGGUGGUGUGCCAGUGGGUGGGCCCUGUCACAUCUGGACCAAGCACCUCUUGGACCUUUGUGCCUCCCAAGGGAUGCUUUGGGAUGACACCUUAGACGAUUUGUGUUACUUAGUGUGUGCCCUUGGGCUUCCCAGUGGAACCCAUUUAUCUUGAACCGGAACAAACACUUCCAUAUUUCUUGCUAUUCAUGUACAGAUGCCGCUCUGUGUAUGUACGUGUGUGUGUGUGUUUGCUCUUGUGUGUGCAUACAUGUGAAUACCCACUUCUAAACAUCAUCCCCAAGACCUACCACCAGCACAUGUCGAUUAAAUCUUAGAAAAGAACAGAUAUAUUUUCCACUGAAACCUAGUUAGCUAUGUGGGAAGGGCUGCCCUCCCACAAACCUGGAAGAUAUGUGGAGGUGGGGAGGCAGGGUAUUGGUUAGAGUGUCCCCAGGGACUCCCUAAUAUUGUCUAAUGAGUCAAAGCAAACAAAAAAAUUGGCUUUCUCCCCUCUUGUCUCUCCCACUUCCCCUUCCAACCUCCCCAGCAAAUGGAGUCACUAAACCAGGAGCAUUCCAGUGUCAUUUGGAGAGGUUGUACCAUAAGAUGAGUGCAUGUGGCUUCUGUAUCCAUGGUCAUGCUGUGCCAAAUGAAAGCCUACUCACUGAGCUUCAGCAUGGCUCACACGCCAGUCAGUGACAUGGGGUCUCUAGUCUUCUAGGGAGACAGAGGUAGACUCCCUUCUCGCCCAGAGUGCCGACUAGCUCGGUCCACCCUCGACACCUGUCAAAGCUGAUCGCUUCCCUGAGGUUGGCAAGCUAUUUUGGCAAUGCUGCCGCUGUAUGUCUGGUAAUUAAUUCUGGUCUGACAGGUCACAGGAUCACACUCUCUGUGGUGCUGUAUCCAUGGUGUAAUGUCAGCUGUCUCAUUUAGGGGUGUGUGUGUGAGAGAGAGAGAGAGAGAAAAUUAUGUAUUUCAUCCAAGUAUUUUAAUUCUGCUACUGCAUUCCUUAGGGUGACACAUUGCCAGGCACCACCAGAGACCAAGAAAGGGUACGGGUAAUCCCAGGUCCCCUUGCUUUGAUCUGAGUUGGCUGUUUUGAGUGGAAGCUAAUGUACUUUAGAAGGAAAUGAUGGGAAAAAUAAUCAGAAACUGAACAAUAUGCCCUGAAUUCCUCCAGUGAUGUAUUGGCUCCACCUGAAUCCAACUUUGUGAGAGGUUUUGGUACAUUGAGCAAAGAAGGCAAGGUAUUCCUAUUAGAAAGAAUUAGACUCAAGAGGGAGGAGACCACAGAUUUACUUCUGACUUUGGUACUUCAUCUUUGUGUGACCUUGGGCAAGUCAUUGUGCCUCAUUCUUCUCCCCUCCCUCCCCAGUCUGUACAAUGGGGAUGAUGAUACGUGUCUUUAACCUACCUCACAGGGAUUUGGUGAGGCCAGCUGAGUUCAUCUAAGAAAAGACCACUGAGCUCUUUUAAAGGAAAUAUCCGGGAGGUAGUUAUAUUUAAUGGCCAAGUGAUGUCCAAACAGGCAUCAAUCCUAGUCAUUCAGACUGAUUUUUAUAAGCAGAGCUUUGUUCCGUGUUGUGUGUAUGUGUAUGUGUGUAAACACAAACCUCCAUUGUGUUUCAUGAAAUUUUGUUUUAUGCUUUUUAUAAUGAGUUCAAUCGAAUCUGUUGCUGGAUAUUCUUAGUAAUGCAAGGUUUCAUCUCAUUAAUUCAUUGUCAUUCUCCCCUACCCCCUUGGUUUCUCUUCACUGGAGUGAAUGAAAGGGCAGUUUUGUAAUACCUGGCUUUGCUGAAGCUCACAGUUAAGAACAGUAAUUAGGUGGGCCCCAUUUCCCAACUCAAACUGGUCCAAAUUCAGCCCUGGUUUUCUCCCUGUCCUUCUCACGUACCCUAAAGCUACAGGGGAAGGGCAAGCUUUCACAAAGAUGCACUGUAUCUCCAGUGCUUAGAACAGUGCCUGGCACAUAGUAGGUGCUUAAUAAGUGUUUAUUGAGUGAUUGAUUGAUUGAAAGGAGUAGAGGGGAGGAUGAUAGGACAGGGAGAAUCCAUCCCUCCCUCCUCCACAUAUCCUCUGUCUUUGUGUGUACUCUGGACCUUUGUAUAUGUGUGUACUUCUGCCCAGGCAGAAGGCAAGGAAGGAACCAGGGAGCAGGUAGAGGUGACAAGCAAUUCUUGGUUCCCCCAUACUCCAGAGAAAAGCCCUCUCGUCUAGCUGACUUGAAGCCAGCUUAGCUGAACAGUGCUCUCCUGAAGCUCUGUGACAGCCAAGGCCAGUGCCUUAAAUGGGGAAAGGCAAGCAAGGUGCAGGCACGUUUUUCUCUCUCUUGGGCAUAGAGGAGCUCACUGCUAGUGUCCUGGACUCAAAGGGGAAGAGACUCUAGUGGUUUUUAAACGAUUAAAUCUUCCCUUCCUGUUCCCCACUCUUCCUGCCCCAAAAAAGUAUGUUGUGUGCACACUGGUGGUUUGCUUUUUGUUUUAGUUAACCAUUGAAAAACAGUUUCUAUCUAUUUAGCUCAUCCUUGCUUGGACUUUGGUCCAAACUGCUACAGAAAUGAAUGGCCAGAUGCCCUGAUUUGGUCCCCAAUUUCCUCUUUCAUUCACUCAUUCAGCCAAAGGCAAUUAUGUUGUAGGAAGGAAAAAGCAGAGCUGGAAAAAUGAAACCUAAUCAUAUAAUAUGACAGUGCCUGUCCCUAGAAGCUGGGGGGGAAGAGAAGGGAAGUUAAUCUACUCAGUUAAUCAGCCCUCUUUGAGACACUGAAAGGAAUGAGAAUUGACAACUUCUUUGUGCUUUUGUCUGGCUCAAGCCUGUCAGGAGGUUUUUUGGUAGAAGAUGUACAACUAGAAUUAAGACAUCACUCUCUGGGUGCCCAUGACAAGGUCUUCCUACUUGUCCUUUUCUGAUAUUUGUUGUAAAUGGUGGUCCUUUCUAAUGGCUUUUUUGUGUAUGCGUGUGCUUAUGUAUGUCACUUGCCUUAAAACAGAGCACAGUCUUUGGCAACAAAUACAUGGUAUCUACUGGUU